AUGGGGAAGUCCAACACCAAGUUGAAGCCAGAGGUGGUGGAGGAGCUCACCAGGAAGACCUACUUGAUCGACCUCCCUCUGUUUCUCCCCACAGUCACUGAAAAAGAAGUACAGCAGUGGUACAAAGGCUUCAUCAAGGAUUGUCCCAGUGGGCAGCUUGAUGCUGCAGGCUUCCAGAAGAUCUACAAGCAGUUCUUCCCCUUUGGGGACCCCUCCAAGUUUGCCACGUUUGUCUUCAACGUCUUCGACGAGAAUAAGGAUGGACGGAUCGAGUUCUCAGAGUUCAUCCAAGCUCUGUCCGUCACUUCGCGGGGAACCCUGGACGAGAAACUCCGAUGGGCCUUCAAGCUGUACGACCUGGACAAUGACGGAUACAUAACGCGGGAUGAGAUGCUAAACAUUGUGGACGCCAUUUACCAGAUGGUGGGGAACACGGUAGAGCUUCCCGAGGAGGAGAACACGCCAGAAAAGAGAGUGGACCGUAUCUUCGCCAUGAUGGACAAGAAUGCUGACGGUAUGCUGACGCUACAGGAAUUCCAGGAAGGCUCCAAGGGCGACGCCUCCAUCGUGCAGGCUCUGUCACUGUACGACGGCCUGGUCUAGAGGCACAGCUUCUUGUCAUCCUGGUCGCCACGCCGUCCCCCCUUCCCUCCC